UGGAAAUUUGCGUCGAGAACACGCGAUGGAGAAGAAAAACAACAACACAUAAUUCUUCAAAAUAAUCGUGUUUUAUCAUUGUUAAUUAAGUAUGUCUAUGAAAAAUAUCUUUGAUGAGGAUGGUGUAGAUGAUGAAUUUCACAUAAAUGAACAGUAUGCUUCCAAAUAUGAUGGAUGGAGACGGAAUGAAGAACUGCAAAAGUUGAAAGACAAGUAUGGAGAUGUUGAUGAUCUUGAAGAGUCUGAAAGCUCCUCUUCAGAUGAUGAAUUUGCUGAGCCCGACAACCCCAAGUUCAACAAAGCUUUCCUGAAGGCUCUCAGUGCAAUACAGUCAGAAGAAUACAGUGACUUGAAGGGCAAGCCAUUCUUCACCGAGGAAGAUUAUGGACCAAAAAAGAAGAAGGAAAAACAGGAGAAGCCCAUGACACUUAAAGAUUAUGAGCGUCACAUUAUCCUAGACCAUGGAGGGAGACUAAAAGAUGAUGAAGAGGAAGAGGGAAGAUGUUAUUAACUUCGUCAAAGGCAAGAAGAGGUCCCUAAAAGAUAAGGAGGAUGAGGCCAUUCUGCAAACCCUGAGAGAUAAGUGGAGCAACCCAAACAUCUCGAAGGAUGAGAAGUGGCUCGCGGACUUUUUCCUCAAUCAAAAAUAUCUAGAGGAGGAAGAUGGGAAUGUCGAUCGAGCAUAUAAUGAAACUGUCAUUGAUGAGGAAACUUUGUCAGAUGAUGAAAAGACCUUGGCAAGAAUGGAUGAUUUUGACAGACAAUAUAGAUUCAGGUUUGAAGAACCAGAGCAAGAAUUCCUGAAGCACUACCCAAGAAAUAUUGAGGAUUCAGUCCGAGCAAAAAAGCAGAAAAGAAAGGAGGCACGUGAAGCCUAUGAAAAACGGAAAAAGGAGGAAAAAGAGCAAAAAAGACAAGAGAUUGCUCGCCUGAAAUCCCUCAAAUAUCAGGAGAUUCAAGACAAAAUUCUGAAGAUCAAACAAGCUUCAGGAAAUGAGGAUAUUGAUUUAGGUAAUGAUGAACUGGAGGAAGACUUCGACCCAGAGGCUCACGAUGCCAAGAUGGCUGACAUGUUCGGGGAUGACUACUACAACAUGGAGGUCGAGGAUGAUAGAAAGCCAGUGUUUAGUGAUGAUGACGAUGAUCUCAAGGAUUAUGAUGAAUAUGUGGAUAAAUAUGGGAAGAGUGUUGUGGGUGGAGGAGGUGAUGACUCUGACCAGGGUGAUGAUGGAGAAGAGCAGGAAGAACAGGAAUAUGAUGACAACUUUGAUUAUGAAAAUUUCAAUAUGGAUGCUGAUUAUGAUCCAAAUGAGGAAUCCAAGAACCAGCAGCAGGAAGUUAUAGAAUCCUCAUCCAGAGUUAAUCGCAGAAGAAAGUCAAAGUUUGCUCGGGCACUCAAGAAAAAGAAGCCUGUGUUUAACCCUGAUGAAAAGGAUUUUGACUCCUAUUUUAAUGAGUACUACAACCUUGACUUUGAAGACAUUGUGGGAGGAGUGCCGUGCCGGUAUAAAUAUCGGAAAGUAGAGCCAAAUGACUUUGGUCUGUCAACUGAAGAGAUUCUCAAUGCUGGUGUUACUGAGCUCCAGAAAUGGAUUCCAAUUAGACAAAUAUUAAGACAUGACAGAACAGAUGCAAUGGAGAAGAGAGAUCGGAUCAAUUAUAGGCAGCGCGCAGAGAUGAUGCACAUUAAACAGAAAAUUCUUCCCAGUCUUUUUGCUGAAAAUCCAGAGGAUAUUUUAGAAGCAGAGGAAGAAAAGAAAAGACAAAAGAACCUGAAGAAAAAACUAAGACGGCAAAAGAAGCUAGAAGAGCAGGAGAACAUGUUAGGUGAAGGCAAUACUGAACUAGAUGAUGGAGAGAAUACAGAAAGAUCUCGGAAAAAGCGUGGCUUAGAAGGAGCCAAUACCAAAUCACCCAAGAAGAAGAGAAAGGAGGAGGAGGAAGAGGAAGCUGCAGUUGAAGAAAACCAGAAUGGGGAAGUUGAGACACCAAAGAAAAAGAAGAAGAAAAAGAAGAAGUUAGCAGUCAUUGAAGGACAUCAAGAACCAGAGGUAGAAACAGAAACAAUUACAGAGGAAAGAAUUAAUGAUAAGACAACAGAGGAGGAGGAAGAACACCAAGAACCAGAAAUGGAAAUACCAACAUAUACAGAGGAAAGUGGUAAGAAAAAGAAGAAAGUCAUUGAAGAAAACCAGGAAAAUGAGAACAAGAAGAAGAAAAAGAAAAAGAAGAAGAAGAAGGAAGAGGAAGCAGAAGAGGAGAAGGAGGUACAGGCACAAGAUGUAAGUGAAGUAAUUAAGCCUCCAAGGAAAGAGAAACGAAAAUGGAAGACAAAUGGAAAGGAAGAUCCUUUCCUCCAGGGCAUAUGCGAUGCAAGACUGGCAGCAUAUGGAGCAAACCCAAAGAAAAUCAAGAACAAGGUGAAAUAUGGGAAAAAAUCUGUUGACUGAAAUAGUUGUUUUCAUUCUGAGUAUCUCAAAAGGAACAGCUGGGAAUUUCUUUUAUAAUUUACACAAAUAAAGUGUAUUUUGACAGUU